GAACCAACGAGCAACCCCCAAGGUACAUGUACGAAGUAUAGAUGCACUACAAUGCAUAAGUGAGUACAGGCACCAUGACCCCUAGAUCCAACAAUCUAUUGUUUGUUCACAGCUUCAACUCUUCCCAGAUAAUGUCCUAACUGAGCUCACAUUUGUUGCCACGAAGCGCCCGUUGAUUCCGAACGCCACAGAACGAGAAACAACCAUGGCGCCAGACCUCAACUCUGUUCCCCCGUCACCGCGCCUAAUCUCUCAACAAUCACCCCGCGUUACAGGAACCCCCUCGUCUCGCCGUGCGUCGCAGCAGAUGCCCUCGCCGCCAACCAUUCCACUCUCACCACCUGUUCCUAACAUCUUGCCUUCGAAUACAAACGCGUUCAUGGCUGCUUUUCAACCCGCUGGCGCGCAGGCGACAACCGCGUUUCCAACAUUCACGACCGACAACACGGGCGUUGGAACUGGUCCGGGCCCCUUGAGACAUCCUCGUCCACUCACAGCAGCGGAUAUACACCUCCAGUUAGAGAAAGAGCAAGAAGCAGUCGUCAACCGACUAACCCGCGAACUCUCCCUCCUCCGCGCCGCCCAAAACGCGUCCGUCGUCUCCAACACUUCCUCAACCUCCGAGCGCGCCGGCCUCCCCGACGCCUCAGACCACCACUCCAAUCACCUCCUCUCAGGCCCCUCCCACCCCCUCCCCUCCACCCGGCGCCACCACCGCUCCUCCUCCGCCGCCAGCGCGCGCAGCAUCGCCGCUGCUUCCUCAGCCUCCACCACCGCGGGCGUAGCAGGCAGUCUGGCAAGCGUCUACGCGCCCUCCAUCUCGGAGCGCACGCGUGGCACACUCCCGCGCCACGACUCAACGACCCAAUCACUCAGUCUGAGUCGGCAGAACAGUAUUACCAGUUCGCGGCGCUCUGGGGCUUCGUCGCCCGUCCCGCCUCUCACCUCGAGUAGCUCGUACCAGCAUUCCGAGUUCUCGCACACGUACCCCCUCCGUCCCUCUUUCUCGUCGCUGCACCGUGAGUUGUCGGGUGGUCAGGUUCCGCAGCUUUCGGGCGUGGAGGGGCAGCCUAUCACGUCUGUGCAGACGACGGGGCGGUAUGAGGAGGCCGCGUAUCAUCGGCAUGAGCUGGAGGCUGUGAAGAGGGAGAAUGAUGCGUUGAAGCAGAAGAUUCGGGAUUUGGAGAGGUUGGUUAGGGAGGGGAGACGGGCGAGGGAGGAUGAGAGUCGCACGAGGAGUGAGAGUGUUAGUACGACUGCGAGUGUUAUGAGGGGGAGGGAUGAGGAGAGAGUUGUGGGGACGAUCGAGGUGGAUGAUGUGAGGGUUGGAGAGAGUGCUAGUGGUGGGGGGUUGGCGUGAGUGUGGUGGAUUUGAAUGAGCGACGCGUUUAGGACUGGUGUUAUUGCUUGAUUCGGCAGGCGGGGGGUUUACGGAACCGGAGAUCAACUGUUUUUGCUUUAGUCACUCGCAGUUUCGGCGGGGCGUUAUAACAGGUUUAUCUGAGCGAGUGAGCGAGAGAGAUCGAGCGAGUUUGCAAAAGCUUCUUUCUCAUAGUGAAUAUGACAACCAUUGAGCUAUUUAAAAA